AUGGUGCGUGGUUCUGCCGCUAACUAUCCGAAAAGCAAGGUUUACGGAAGCAUUGUGAAUGGUGUGUUCCGUGGAACGAUCGUUAUGGACCUAUCAAAAGUUAAUUCGGAUUCAUUCAUCCUGUCAGACUCCUACUUUGUGGAGCCGGCCGGGUAUUACUUUGAGGAUAUCACUGAAUUCCAUUCGAUAAUAUACCAUUCAUCCCAUGUUCGCCAGCCAGAACGGCACAUGCAUCCUACUCCCGAAUUUCCUGCCACGGUUUCCCACUUCUGCGGACUUUCCGAUCCCCUUGUCGUUCAGAAAAUGCAAUCCCUAUCUAUGCCAACAGCAGCACAAGAGCGUAAACUAAGACGUGCCAAACGUGAUCUGUCUCCACAAUUGUUGAGACCUUUGGAUCAAUCUAGUGCAAACCAAGCACCCAGUUACUUUGCCACCUUUGGUGCUCAAACCGGAAGUAAAGACAAGAAACGCGUCUGUAAUCUUCUUUUGCAAUCUGACACGUUCCUUUGGAAUCGAGUAAUGAAAAUUGGCCACGUCAAAGGCGAUGUUGAUGCAGCGGUGACUGAAAUCACCUCGAUUCUAACGCAACAUGUUCAAAGUGCUCAAGCUAUUUUUCACAAUCAUGUGUUUCGGGACCACUCGGUAAGUCGUUAA